AUGAGUGAAAUAAAUUACGCAUGUGUUCAAUAUUUAGAUGAUAAAGUAAAGUAUUAUUAUGAAAAAACAACAGUAAUUUUUUAUAAAAAAAAGGACAAGAAUCAUAUAACCCCACAAAAUUAUUCAGACUAUGAUCCAAAACACAAAUAUUUCAUAUUGUACAAAAAUUCAAAGAAAAAUCCAGAAAGCAGUUGUGAUACAACACAUGACAAUGAUAAUUCAGAAUUUUAUCAAGCAUAUAUAAUAUGCUUAGGUGUUUCAGAAACUGAUGCUAGAAAUAGAGCAUCCAAUAAACCAAAAAGGUUCAUAUUUCCAAAGAAAUUAACAUCCAGUGAUUCUUUUGAUGAUCCAGAUGAAUCGAAAGAAGAUUUGAAACCAAAAACUGGUAAAAUUAUUUCAACAAUAGUGCAAAAAGCAAACACUGAAAGAACGUUACAAAAGUAUAAGCAGCAAACAUUAUUAAACAACCGAAGAAAUUUAAGUUUUAGCGAAUUAAAAGAAAAUAAUGGUAAGGACGAACAAGAAACAAACCCUAAAAAAAUUGCAAACAUGAAUCCAGAAGUGUGUCUGAUCAGAUGUACUGCGCCUCAUUCUGUAGAAAAAAAUGAUCAUACUAUGAAGGAUUAUGAAAACCACGAAUUCUCUCCUAAGAUGCCACUUUCUACAUCAACACCGAAGACCUGUCCGACAGAGAUAGCACAUACCUCUCAAAAAAAAUCUGUGCAGCAAAAGUCCGAUAAUAUUAAUAAAUCCUCUCCUUCAGUAGUAAGAAAAUCCUUUGGAUUUUCAGAGUCUCGGUCACCACGUACAUCACCCUCUCAAUCUUCGCGAUCGCGAUCGCUUACGUCACGUUCGCAGGGUUUACGUUUGCAGACACCACCUUCCGCUCGCUCUGGAGUUGCACAUUCGCGGACACCACCUCGUGCAGACGCUGGACGUUCAAGGUCACAGUCACAAGGUCGCUCAUGUUCUGAGGAUUUCCAUGCACGGUCACGUAGAUCGCCCUCACGAUUGCGAUCGCAAUCGCGCAUGUCUCAUUCGAAGGUUUCGCCUUCGCGGACGCCACCUCGAGUACCUACUUCAGAGACAGGACCUCCCGCACUCUCUGGAGCACCUUCCGCACUCUCUGCAACAUCUCCCGCACUCUCUGGAGCACCUUCCGCUCGCUCUAGAGCUUCAAAUUUGCGCACACCACCUCGUGAGGACGCUGGACGUUGCAGGUCACGGUCCCAACGUCGCUCACGUUCUGGGAAUUCAUAUGAACGGUCACCACGUAGAUCGCCCCAUCGAUCGUCGCCUUCGCGAUCGAGCCUGUCACGUUCGCAGAUUUCACGUUCACAGAGGCUACCUCGAGUACUUCGUUCAGAGACACCAUCUCCCGUACUCUCUGGAGCUCCUCCCGCACUCUCUGGAGCACCUCCCGCAAUCUCUGAAGCACCUCCCGCACUUUCUGGAGCACCUUCCGCUCGCUCUAGAGCUUCAAAUUCGCGGAUACCACCUCGUGAGGACGCUGGACGUUCCAGGUCACAGUCCCAACGUCGCUCACAUUCUGGGAAUUCAUAUGAUCGGUCACCACGUAGAUCGCCCCAUCGAUCGUCGCCUUCGCGAUCGAGCCUGUCACGUUCGCAGAUUUCACGUUCGCGGAGGCCACCUCGAGUACUUCGUUCAGAGACACCAUCUCCCGCACUCUCUGGAGCACCUUCCGCUCGCUCUAGAGCUUCAAAUUCGCGGACACCACCUCGUGAGGACGCUGGACCUUCCAGGUCACGGUCCCAACGUCGCUCACGUUCUGGGAAUUCAUAUGAACGGUCACCACGUAGAUCGCCCCAUCGAUCUCCCGCACUCCCUGGAGCUUCAAAUUUACGUCCACCAUCUCGUGCAGACUCUAGACUUUCAAGAUCACGGUUACAACGUCCCUCAUGUUCUGGGGAUUCCCACGCAUGGUCACGUAGAUCGCCCUCUCCAUCGUCACGAUCGCGUAUAUCACGUUUGCAGGUUUCGCGUCCGCGGCUGCGAUCUCGUUCAAACUCUAGACCUUCACGUUCACGGUCACGACACCGCUCACGCUCUGGGGUUUCACGUGCAUGAACACCACAUCGAUUCCGAUCUCAGGUUUCUC